AUGACCCCGAGUCCCGACUCCUCAACAGGGUUGAAAUCGCCGGAAUUACACUCCCUAGAGCCACCAGACGGUCGCAUUGCUCACACAUUAACAGCCUGCACAAGGUGUAGACAGCGAAAGUCCAGAUGUGACCCCGGGAUUCCGCGAUGUGCGCCCUGCGAACGAAGCAAUGCCAAGUGCGUGUAUUAUGACUCGGCCCGAGACAGAACCAUACCUCGAACCUAUAUCGUAUCGCUCAGAGAGAGAGCCCGGGCCUUAGAAAAAGAGCUUGCCGAAGCUGAGAACGAGAUACAACAUGCUGCCGAUGCCGAGUUGAUGGUGCGGGGCGCCGGGCGCAUCCGGUUUAAGGAGAAUGAUGAGCCGCGAUAUCUCGGUGCCUCGAGUGGCAUCGCCAUGACUCGUUUGGUCAUGGAGAUGGCCAAGCAAAACACCGACUCCAAAAGUAUCAAGGAUGUUGUCCCCGAAUUCACCGCACAAGAGAUCAAAGAUGCGUUCGCCGAAGAAGACUCGAAACCGACAUCAAAAGUCUAUCCCAUGAUAAGCUCGAUCCCGCAACCCAACCUACCUCCAAAGGCCCUGACCUAUAAAUUGAUUGAUCUUUUUGUGGCCAAAGCACAAGCGCUACUUCCUACCCUGCACGAGCCCACAUUUCGACAAGAGGUUGAGGAGGUGUUCAAUGGCUCAACAGAUCCCUGCAAAAAUUUCCAACUGCGGAUGGUCAUCGCCAUCAGCAUGCAGAAGAUGAGUACAGAAUAUGCUGGUCUCGCUGAUAGUUAUUAUCUUGCGGCCUUGCCCUACCUGGAACCUACGCUGAAACGAUUGGACUUGGGGGCUCUACAAUGCCUUGUGCUCAUUGCCUCAUAUUCAAUGGUCACGCCCACUCGCACAGCUGCGUACUGGGUCGUGGGGACGGCUGCCAAACUUUGUCAGGAUUUGGGAUUGACCGAAGAAGCCACUGUCACCAAAUCACCUUGUGGGAAACCACUGAAUCCGUUGGAGAUUGACAUGCGACGAAGGUUAUUUUGGAUCGUCUCGUCAAUGGAGUUCGGUCUUUCCCAUAGUCUGGGUCGGUGCAGCAGUUACUGCGUCAGCCACGACCAUAUCAAUGUGAAAUUCUUUGAACUAGUGGAUGACCGGUACAUCACCGCCGAGGGCAUCACCCCUGGAGCGAAACCCGUUCUAGCAAAAUGUAUUGCGGUUCACUUUUUCAAAAUGCGACUGCUCCAAUUGGAGCCCAGAAGAAUGCUCUACUCUAACAGACGGGAGACCCCAGUUGAUGAUCAGGACCCAUGGUUUUCUCAAAUGUUGGCCAAAAUUGACCAUUGGAUGGCCACUACUCCCAAGAACGAUGAUGGCAGUGGGCUGAAUGUGAAAUGGUUCCAAGGGAGACGGAACACCAUCAUUAUUCUCAUGUAUCGUCCCUCACCACAAAUCCCCGAGCCAACAGUCAAUGCCGCCAAAAUCUGUUACGACGCGGCCAUCUCCAAUAUCGCUAUGCAUAAGGAACAGAUGAUCACCGGAUCUGUCGACCUGACAUGGGUGUUUGUGCAAGCUCUCUUCAUGGCUUUAAAUACUGUUCUCUGGACCCUCUCAUACCCCGAAAUUCGAAAAGAGCAUACCAUUGAGGAAGUCCAAGGACACCUGGAUAUGGCCCUUGAAGUGAUUGUAUUUUCCGCCGAGCGUUGGCCAGGUGUUCAAUCUGCCUUUCUUCUUUACAGGCGCCUUGUUGCUGCGUGCUUGAAAGCGUACAGGACUGAAGAAUCGUUUGUCGUACACUCGCCUUCUAAUCAUCCAACGCCAACCUCCUCGCAGGGCAUGACCCCUCCAGCGAUGUCCAGCCCAUCGGGCAGUACGCCUGCCUCAUAUUAUUCCAACAAUCACCGUGGCGGCAACCUAUCAAUCGGCGAUACCGCCUCAAACGGUACCUACUCCAGAGGACAAUCGGCUGAUCCUACAUUCACUCAAGAAUCAACCCCACCUGCAGUGGCCCCUGGACCGUCCAAAGAACCACCAAUGCCAUCGGUUUCCUCUGCAUUUGACAUGCAGCCACCACUUACAGCCCAGAGUGUGGCACCACAUUAUACAUCAGAAACCUACGUGGGGCCGACGCUCUAUCCUGAUAUAUCAAUCGACCCAAACACCCCUUAUAACACGAUACCUUCGGUUGUGCCCGGCCUGCAAGGCUGGGACCCCAAUUUCUCACUGGCCUCAACAACCGCGGGUCAUUUGGCAUACACCGAUGCGACCGUCGAUCCCAUGAACUGGUCCACCAUUGGAGACCAGUACUCUCAAUACUUUAAUGAGCCAUUCCCGGUACCCUCAUGGCGUGAACGCACCCUCAGCCAACAAGAGCAAAUCGAGCUUCUGGCUUCCCUCGAACACAAUAUACCCGAUGUAUCUGCCCAACUGGUUAAUGAGUAUCAUGCUUACUAUCAGUCCUGA